GGGGUCCCUCUAACAGAAGCACCCGGUCCACACGCAUCCCGGUCGGCUGACACACCUGGUUCAUCCCGCAGGACGGCAGCUGCCUCAGCGGCUCCGGGCUCUCUGGAGCUGCAGGUCCGCGCGUUCUCAUCUUUUAAAAGAAAGAAACAUCCUGUUCGCUGGAUAGAAAUCAUGUAUUUGAACAGCAGACACAAUGCCAUCAACACAGAGAGGAGUAAGAAGAACAUCAAAGUGAAAAAAUGGGCUCACUUCAAAACCCCUGAAGUCACCCUGAAGUCCCCAAAAAUGGGGAAAAACAUGGAGACCAAGGAGAGCGUGACAGAGGAGAAGGAGGUGAUGCAGCUCACUGCGUUUGGAAAGGCCUUUCAUGAUCUGACCCAUUCAGAGAGGGUGAUGAAUGAUCUGACAUUUGGACGACGGGUGGGGCUUUACGAGCUGAGAGGAGAGAUCGGCUGCGGAAACUUCUCCCAGGUUAGAUUGGGGAUACAUGACCUGACCAAAGAAAGAGUUGCAGUAAAGAUCCUGGAUAAGGUGCGUCUGGGCAAGCGAUCGCACAGGCUUUUUGCCUCAGAAAUCUCUUGCAUGGAGAAGCUGGCUCACCCCAACAUCGUCCGCCUGUAUGAGGUGGUGGAGACGUUCAAGAGGCUCUACCUGGUGAUGGAGUAUGCCAGCGGAGGAGAGCUGUUCUCCCGUAUCAGCACCAGGGGACGCCUUUCAGACCUGGAGAGCAAGCUUGUGUUUUCUCAGGUCCUGUCUGCAGUCAAACAUAUACAUGAUAACAAUAUCGUCCACCGGGACCUGAAGGCUGAGAACGUCUUCUACACCAACACCUACUGCAUUAAAGUGGGUGACUUUGGUUUCAGCACGUCCUGCUGCCCCAGCGAUGUCCUUCACACGUUCUGUGGCUCUCCACCUUAUGCAGCCCCUGAGCUGUUCAAAGAGAAAGGUUACGUUGGUCAAUAUGCAGAUAUGUGGGCGCUGGGUAUCUUACUUUACUUCAUGGUGACUGCCACAAUGCCAUUCAAAGCUACCAACACAGGCAGACUCAGGUGUUGUAUCCUGCAGGGCUCUUAUGCCAUUCCUCCCUAUGUAACUGGAUCAUGCAGGGAGAUCAUUCAGGGCCUCCUGAGGCCGGUUCCUGUGGAUCGCCUCACUAUUGAACGGAUCAAGGACAGCAGCUGGAUGAAAGGUAUUGAAUACCCCAAGGCCGACCUAGCUUGUAGCCCAACACCCUACCACCUGGUCGAGCCUACCCACAUCCUCAGCUCAGAUGAACUGACUGUGAAGGCAGCGCUGGAGGAUCUUGGCAUCACCAAGGCACAUCUCCUCAGCGGCAGCCUGGACUCGAGAAGCUCCAUUACUGGGGCUUACCGGAUUUUGCUACACCGCAUCCAAAAGAGGAGGUCUGUGGAAGCUGUGGGCUACAGCCAGACUUGCACCAAAGAGUCCCAGAACAGAUUCACAUGGAGAGCCGGCUCUGAUGGCCUGAUAAACAAACACCACUCUGUCGUCUGCAUCGUCAUGUAG